GGCUUUCUAGACUCCUGGAAAACCACCAGACCCCACAUGGAACCAAGGGCCCCGUGCCCAGUUGCCAUACCCUCAACCGAGAGAAAGUUCCAUGUUCUUGUGGGUGUCACUGGAAGUGUUGCUGCCCUGAAGCUGCCUCUUCUGGUGUCAAAGCUCUUGGACAUCCCUGGGCUGGAAGUCACAGUGGUAACAACCGAGAGAGCCAAACAUUUCUAUAGCCCUCAGGAUGUUCCUGUCACCCUCUACAGUGAUGCUGAUGAAUGGGAGAUGUGGAAGCACCGCUCUGACCCAGUUCUCCACAUCGACCUGCGAAGGUGGGCUGACCUCAUGCUGGUGGCGCCCCUGGAUGCCAACACUCUGGGGAAGGUUGCCAGUGGCAUCUGUGACAACUUACUUACCUGUGUCAUCCGGGCCUGGGACCUCAGCAAGCCCCUCCUCUUCUGCCCGGCCAUGAACACUGCCAUGUGGGAGCACCCUCUCACUGCACGGCAGGUAGGCCAGCUCAAGGCCUUUGGCUACAUGGAGAUUCCUUGUGUGAGCAAGAAACUGGUGUGUGGAGACCAAGGUCUAGGAGCCAUGGCUGAGGUGGAGGCCAUUGUGGAUAAAGUGAAAGAAGUGCUCUCCCAGCGUGGUGGCAUCUAGCAGAGUUGAACUGGGAUUUGUCAUCACAUCUCUGCACCCUCUUUGUCUUCCAUUCAGGAUUGGCAGUUGGAUCUCUGGAAGGGCUACUCACCUCCUACCAUCCUGGAUGUGACACUUCAUUUCCCAAGCAGCCUUCCUCUCACCUUCUGGCUUUUCUUGAAGUUCUGGUACCAGGCGACUGUGUCUCUCUCAGGCUCAGAGCCCUUGUGUAGCGCCUGCACUACGAUCUGUUCCACAAAUCGGGCGAAGUCCUAGAGAUUGAAAUAAAGUCAAGACAGCUGGUCUUUCCUUCAGUGGCAAUGUCGGAACACCAAAUGCUGAAUACCGUUUAUUGAGGGGAAAGAAUGUGCUUAAAUUAUAGGAAUUUUAGGCUUAGCUCCUCCCUAUGAGGUGUGUGUUAUCAAAACGGGAAGAGUACCAACAACAGCCUUGGGGCAAGGGAUUCCAGCCAACAGCUGAAGGUGCCUCAGGGGUCCAUGCAGGGGCCUGCACCCUUGGCCCCCACCCUUUGUGUAAAUAUGCUCUCUGAAUUCCUGGGACACUAGGAAUUGCAGAUCCUUGGACCUUACUUCUCUGCCUUGCUCAUGGGACUGUAUCAUUGUCUCUGUACUCCUUGCUCCCACUGACCCAUUCAUAAUCAGGUAUUGUUUCAGGACUACCAGCUGUUGCCCAUAGAGCUGGAGGCCCUAGACCGCCAAACAUGUCCAGGUGAUGCUGUGGUAAUGGGAAAGGAUCAGGUGCUUUAAGCCCUAGGGAGUCAACUUGAAUCUACCAAGAACAGUGUUUUGGCAGGUCCGGGCAGCACCUGAAGGGAAACAGCCAGCUACUCCAGGAUGUGGCCAGCACCCCAGCUUUCCCAGGUCCCCCAAAGAUGAAUGACAAAUGACACCACCCCAGGUCAGCAGGAAGUAGUCUUGAGAACACUGCAUCCUCUUCCCCACCUCACCUGCUACCCCUUUCUAACUCCUCACAUUUUUUUUUUUUUUUUUUAAUAAAAAGGGAGGAAUUAGUAUUCAGACAUCUGCACUGGCCUGCCUUUGGGGUUCUGGCAGGAUAUGUCCUCAGGGGCAGCCACUAAAGGCACCUCCUGUGCACAUUUACUUUCUUCCCUUUAUAAAAAGGGCCCUGCCCACCUCCCAUCUCUCUCUCUCUCUCUCUCUCUCUCCUUCUUUGCCUGUCUCUCUGUUGUGCUCCUAUCUCCCGAGGCUGAUAUCCCCCCUCUCCUCCCCCACUUUUCCCAUUCCCUUUCCCCUAAUUAAAAACAAACAAGCCCUCUAUGUGAGGUCUGUGGCAUGGUGUCUUUUUCUCUCGAACCACUCCUUUUUUUUUUUUUUUUUUCAUUUUUAAAUAAAUUACAACAAGCUUCCCUGGGAUCUAAUCCUUUUCAAGUUAAACAGAACUACAGACCCAGGUCCUACCUUCUUUCAACUAGGAGAUGCCUGCUUUCCAGAGGCCAUUUCAUUUCUUCCUGGGAUAGGCCCAGCAAGCUAGGCAAACAUGUUCCUCCUGGAAGGAUAAUUCAAUGACUGAGGGACCUCCUGCCUGGAAUUGCUCCUAGAAACACCAUGGCUGAAGCUGGGCACAGUGGCUCAUGUCUGUAACCCUAACAUUCAGAAGGCUGAAGCAGGGUUGCCACAACUUUGCAGUUGGCUUGGGCUACAUAGUGAGCCAAGCCUGUGAGUGUGACAGCCUAUUUCAAAACCAAAGCAACAAGAAGAAACACCAUAGCCCAAGAUCCCUGGCACAGCAGGUUCCAUUCUUUGGUGGCCAGGUGUCACAGGGGGUCAAGAAGUCUGAGGUGCAAGGCUUUUCACAUUUCCCACAGACUGUACUGAGCCUGAAGGGGGGUCAGGUAUGGUUCUGGGAAAUAAAGAAAAACAACUUUUUAGGAGACUCUGUCCUCCUUUACAUCCUAUCUGUGGCCUCAGAGGACGGGCGCAUGGCCAAGUGAGGCCAGAGGAGGUUUUGGGCUGACACCUGGCUAGCACUCCCACGUUCCUGUGCAACAUGGGUGACUAAGGACAGAGCUCCUGAAGCAGACAGCUCGAAUUCAAAUCUCAGUUCUGCCAGUGAGCCUUGACUGUCCCUCACUUUCCCAUCUGUAUGGUUAUUCUUCCAGAAUAGAGCUGUUAAGAGGAUUAAGUAAGGUGUAUGUGAAAAGUAUGUCUUUUAAAAUCACAGGGGAUACAUUGCAUGGUUCCCAGUAGAUUACUGAAGCCAUAGUACAGAACUCUAUACAUACAUAAGCUAUGACAAAUCCUAAUUUAUUAAUUGAGCCCAUUAAGAGAUUAGCAACAAUAGCAAAAUAGAACAGUUAUUCACUUUGUUCUGUAAUAAACUAUUUUCCAUGUUGAAAAUAAAAGAACAAUUAAACAUAUAAUAGGGGCCAGCAAGAUGCUCAAUUCAUAAAGAUGCUUGCCACUAAGCCUCACUACUUGGAUUUGAUCCCUGGGACUCACAUGGUGAAAGGUGAGAACUGACUUCUGAAUGUUGUCCUCUGAUCUUCACUCCC